AGGGGCAGCCCCCUGGGAGCGGGCGUGGCGGGCAGGGCGGGCCCUCCGGGGAGAGGGUCCUCGGGGAACGCCCCAGCCUCCGGCACGGCCUCCGGCACGGCCUCCUACACGGCCUCCAGCAUGCCCAGCGUCCGGUUUGAGUACACUCCCCCAGACGCAGAGCGUGCCAACCCAUCGCGGUGGCGAUGUCCCUCCUGGCUGAGGUGCCCUCGCUGCCCCUGCUUCGCCCGACUGCUCGGCGUCCUGCAGGACUGCGCGGACGGCUUCGGGGCCUGGCCGUCGGGGAGGUGGGUGUCCUCCGUGCUGUGCCCCGCCGUGCUGCUGCUGCAGCUGUGGGCGCUGGCCUACUGCUUCCUGGGCGCGCAGGCCAACGUCGACGGCCAGCUCUUCCACCUGGUGGGCAUGUUCGUGUGCGCCAAGCUGGCCGGCUGGAUGGUGCGCCGCCUCGCGGACAUCCCCGCCCUGGUCGGCAUGCUCAUCAUCGGCGUGGCCGUCAAGAACACCGGGGCCCUGGAGCUCGACGUCGAGUACCUGGACCUGAUCGCCAACCUGCGCAAGGUGGCCCUGGCCAUCAUCAUGCUGCAGGCGGGGCUGGGGCUGGACCCCGCCGCCCUGCGCUCCCUGUCGCUGCUCGUGAUGGGCCUGGCCCUGGUGCCCGCCAUCGUGGAGGUGGGCGCCAUCGUCGUCCUCAGCUACCUGCUGCUGGACUUGCCCUGGCUGUGGGGGCUGCUGCUGGGGCUGGUGCUGGCCGCGGUGGCGCCCUCCGUCGUCAUGCCCUGCUUCGUGCAGCUCCGCGCGCAGAGGCUGGGCGUGGACAAGGGCAUCGACACCCUGGUCAUCGCGGCGGCCUCCUUCGAUGACGUCAUAGCGAUAUCUCUGUACGGCCUGGUGCAUGGCCUUAUUUUCAGUGAAGGUUCGUCCGUCGAGGAGAUCGUGCAGCACCCCCUCGGCUUGGUGUUCGGCAUCCUGUACGGCGUGGUGCUCGGGAAGGCUCUUCAGCUGGUGCCCAUGCGGGACGCGAAGCACUUGCCGCUGUGGCGGUUCGUGCUGGUGCUGUGCGGCGGGCUGGUGGUCAUGUUCGGCAGCGACGCCCUGGGCUUCCACGAGGCGGGCUCGGUGGGCUGCAUCACCACGGCCCUGAUCGCGGCGGCGGGCUGGCGCACCAGGGAGUGCCCCCUGGCUGUGCGCCAGGUGGAGCAGAUGUUCGAGAUGCUGUGGUUCGUGUUCGAGCCGAUCAUGUUCAGCUUGAUCGGGGCGGACAUCAACACCACGGUGCUGGACGGCGGCAUGGUGGGGCUCGCGGUCGGCUGCAUCCUCAUAUCCUUACUGUUCCGCACCAUUUCCACGUGGGUGCUGCUGCUCGCCGGGAAGAGGUUCAACUGGAAGGAGCGACUGUUCGUGGCCAUGGCGUGGCUUCCCAAAGCGGACGUUCAGGCCGCCCUGGGGCCGCUGGCCCUGGACACCGCCCGGCACAUGGCGGAGGCGCGGGCGGCGGGGGCGGCGGGCAGCAGCGACGGCCUGGAGGACGUGGACCGCGCCAACACCGUGCUCCUCGUGGCCGUCCUGUCCAUCCUCCUGACGGCGCCCGCCGGCUCGGCCAUCAUAGCCACCCUGAGCCGCCGCCUCCUCACCCCCGCCCCCGCCCCGGACAGCGCCACUGGCGGCGACGUCGACCCGGAGCGAGGGGGCGGCUUCAUCCGCGAGACACCGGCAUCGAAUGGGCCGAGUGACCGCUUCUGAGAUCGUGUGUUUUGUGUUACGUUCUUCCCACCCCGCACCCCUUGCCAAUCUGGGGUGGUUUCUGGAUCACUCACUGUUGCUCAAUGUGAUUUUUUUUUUCUCAAAAAGGGGCUAGGGCAAAAAAUAACUCGUCUGGCAAUUGAAUACUUAACAUUUUUAUUUUGUUCUUGAGGAUUGUAAAAAUAUUUACAUUCAUCAUAAUUAAGUGGUGAGAAAUGCAUUAUAAAGACUUGGCAAAGGAAAACAGACCAUCACCCUGAGGCCAAGUUCCUCCCAAACGGCUGACAGAAUGAAGAAAUAACAGCCACCAAGCUUACAGUAACAUGACUUUUCUUCAGAAACUACAUUGAUAGUAAUAUUUAGUUAAGUCACUGUCAGUGUUAAAAGAAACAUAAAAAAAAAUAAAAAAAAUCUUUAAACUGUAAUAAAGUAUUGACUCCAAAACCUCA